CCGCUUUCUUUCCUCUUCUCCCUCUCUCCCCCCCCCCUCCUCUACCCUCUACCCUCCUUCCACCUUUCUUCUCCCUCCCACACCCUCACCCAUUCCCUGUUCUCUCCCGAAAGCCGCCGGUCCAUAUCGCGAGGCACGGCCCCGGCCUACACCAUCCGCUUCGGUGCCGCCGUCGCUGGCGCCCACUCCCCUCCCAGCCACCUCCUCCUCUCGCUGCCACGUGGCGCGCCGCCAUUGGUCCUGUGCGGGAGAGUCUCUGCUGGUUCUGCCGGCUCUGCUGGGUCUGCUGGGUCUGCCGGCUCUGCUGAGUGCCAAUGGGUGGCAACGACGCCGUCCGUGUGGGAGGCGGCGGGGGAGAGGAGGAUGAGAGGGGUGGAUGUGCGGCAGGGGAAGGGGCUGGAAGUAAUGCUGAGUGGAGCUGGGGAGGCGAAUGAAGAGGAUAUGAUUAUUAGGAUGGGGAGUGGGGAGGAUAUGACUGAUCCCCGCCUCGAAGUGCGGCUGGAGGGGGGAAUGGAUGAGUUGGGUGGGGGGCUAUCAGGGGGCAUGCGCGGAGGGGCGUUUAUGCUGGGGGCGUUCAAGGACGGCCACGUGGUGGUGAAUUAUGACAUCCGUGUUAUCGGCCCCGCGCAAAAACCUUCCGCCAUCAAUCUUAUCGUUGACUACCCUGACCCGUCCUCGUUUCAAGCCGCCUCGUUACGAGUCGCCUCGUUACAGUGUGACUCGUGGACGGAGUUGAGACCGCAGAUGUGGCGCGCGCAAUGCAGCAGCAGGUGGAGCAGCAGCGGCGGCAGCAGCAGCGCUGGUUCUACUUUGCAAGGGCGUCUUCAGAACAUGUCUGAGGGCGUGUUCAAUCGGUUCGCUUGCUUCGCUGUGGACGGGAGCGGGUCUCCCAGUGUCGCCGUACUGUCAGUGGCGAUCGGUGCAAGUGGCACGUCAGUUGUAGGAGCCUCUGAAGCGGGUUCGCUUGCAGGAGGCAUAGCUUGGAGGGCUCCACAUGGGGGGGUGGAGGAGAGGGAGCAGCAGAGGGAGCAACAGGGUCAGGAGCAGCAGAUUGUGCUGAGUGAGCAGAGUGAACAGAGUGAGCAGAGUGAGCAGAGUGAGCAGAGUGAGCAGAGUGAGCAGAGUGAGCAGAGUGAACAGAGUGAGCAGAGUGAGCAGAGUGAGCAGAGUGAACAGAGUGAGCAGAGUGAACAGAGUGAGCAGAGUGAACAGAGUGAGCAGAGUGAACAGAGUGAGCAGAGUGAACAGAGUGAGCAGAGUGAACAGAGUGAGCAGAGUGAACAGAGUGAGCAGAGUGAACAGAGUGAGCAGAGUGAACAGAGUGAGCAGAGUGAACAGAGUGAGCAGAGUGAACAGAGUGAGCAGAGUGAACAGAGUGAGCAGAGUGAACAGAGUGAGCAGAGUGAACAGAGUGAGCAGAGUGAACAGAGUGAGCAGAGUGAACAGAGUGAGCAGAGUGAACAGAGUGAGCAGAGUGAACAGAGUGAGCAGAGUGAACAGAGUGAGCAGAGUGAACAGAGUGAGCAGAGUGAACAGAGUGAGCAGAGUGAACAGAGUGAGCAGAGUGAACAGAGUGAGCAGAGUGAACAGAGUGAGCAGAGUGAACAGAGUGAGCAGAGUGAACAGAGUGAGCAGAGUGAACAGAGUGAGCAGAGUGAACAGAGUGAGCAGAGUGAACAGAGUGAGCAGAGUGAACAGAGUGAGCAGAGUGAACAGAGUGAGCAGAGUGAACAGAGUGAGCAGAGUGAACAGAGUGAGCAGAGUGAACAGAGUGAGCAGAGUGAACAGAGUGAGCAGAGUGAACAGAGUGAGCAGAGUGAACAGAGUGAGCAGAGUGAACAGAGUGAGCAGAGUGAACAGAGUGAGCAGAGUGAACAGAGUGAGCAGAGUGAACAGAGUGAGCAGAGUGAACAGAGUGAGCAGAGUGAACAGAGGGACAGUGGAGCAGCUGCAGUUGUGGCUGCUGCCUCUCUUAAGGUCCCUGAUGCCAGUGCUUCUUUCAUUAUGGAUGAAGGCAAAGCUGAGCGCACUGAUGCUGCUGGCAGAGCAGGGGCUGGUGAGGGUGCGGAUGCUGCCGAGGGUGCUGAGUCAGCGACAGGUACCAGGUGUGAACACUCUGAGCUUCCCUUUGCUGAUGAUGAUACUGAGCGUACCAAUAUCUACCGGAACCUUCGGUUUCCUGAACCAGAUAUUGAUGGUACGGAUAUCCGUGUUCGUGGCAGCAGUUCUAACAACAUACACAAGGUCGAGUUUAAUAAUGUCAUCAAGGGAGCUUAUAACGAGGAUGAAAGAGGAGCAGCAGAGGCAGAAGCAGCAGGGGAUCUGGUGGGUUUCGGGUUAGGAGACGUGAGAAGGGUAGGUGCAGAGGCAGAAGCAGAGGAAGGAGCAGUUGCAGAAGCAGCAGCAUUCAUGCCGAGUCCUCCCGUGACCCACAGGCUCUCCCAUACAUCACACCUGCCCCGACUGCCACAUCUGCUACCAUUAUAUCAGCACCACAGCAGUGUGGCAUCAAUGUCGCAUGCUCCUUCUGACAAGAGCAGAUUUGCUGUGAAAUAA